GUGUGUGUGUUUCAAACUUCCGCAAACUGUUUUCGGUCGGUCAGUCAGUGAUCAUCAUGUCCAACAAUAAUGCUAGCAGCAGCAGUGUGGCCGUGGCGCAGAAAGCUGUCAAACAGCUCAGACUAGAGGCCAAAAUACGACGAAUUAACGUGUCUCAAGCUGCCACAGACCUGAAGAACUUCUGUCUGCAAAAUGCCCAUAAAGACCCUCUGCUGGUGGGCGUCCCGUCCAGUGAUAACCCCUUCCGGCCGCCCAAAUCUUGCGGCCUCCUCUGAGCUGCCCAAGAGCUGGUGAAGCUGUCGCCAUCUUUACACUACAUCGAAGCCUCUGGAGCACUACACACACACACACACACUAGAGAGCAUAGCAUUUUCUCUCUCUCUCUCUCUCUCACUCACUCUGUCUCUCUCUCAUACACACACUAAUUUCAUUUCUUAUUGCUGUCUAUUUGUAUUAUGAGUAAUAAUACGUUGUCUAUAUGCUGAAUUUACACUGUACACUCGGUACGAUCUGUUACUGUUUUAAAAUUUCUGAAAACCCAUAACACACACACAUACACACCCCGUCUUACUCAUGUUCAAGUAUCAAACACUAUUUUAUGAGUCUUUUAUAAAGCAAAAACUAAUUGAAGAUUGUAUGAAGUUUUCCUGGUUUAUAUGGAAGAAUUUACAAGCGCAGAGUUACUAUUUGUCCUGUCUAAAAUACACUUUUACUAAUUUUUGGCCAUGUUUGGUGUGAAGGUCGUGUUUUGUGUUGAGAUUAGAGCUCGUUUUGGAUGCUGUUUCUCAUUAAUGAUCAUCUGAUUAGCUGAAUCAGCUGUGUUUAAUGAGGGAGACUGACAAAAUGUGCUGGUUUUUUUGGAAAACCUACUGAAUUGAUGUUACAUUUAAAAAUAUAUCUCUUUUCAAUGUCUUUUUACUACACUGACUAUUAAAAUAAAAUGUUAUUAAUCAUC